CCGACUCGUACGAACGCCGGCUACUGAAUCGUCGCUACCGGGCACACCCACUUUCACGCAUCACGUCAUCGUCUGCGGGUUUCUCAAGUCUCACAACGUACGAUGAGUAAUCUCAUAGAUGCGCACUGGUUCCCCUUGGCAUCGCAGGGGAACAUUUACUCAAUGACCAAAUUGUGCUCCUCUAAUAGUCCUAACAAAUUGUUAGUGGCGUCUUUGAAAAGAAAGAUAUAUUCCUGUGAGUAUCAUCAAAUGCCAGAAUUUCUGAGACCUAUGGUGAAGGAACUGCUGUUUACUUAUAUACCCAGUGGUGCAGAAAUUAUUUCCAUUGAUGCCUAUGACAAAUCAGACACUGGAGACAGUUUUGUAAUAGGAAUAACAAUUAUGAAGGCAAGUACAGACACAAUGGAAAGAUUUCUGAACAUAUACACGGAGGGUGCGGUAGAUGGUGAAGGAGACGAAGGAAGCUCUAUUGAGGCCAUAGCUCAAAAUUGUCUUAUGGUGGAGCUAUCGUAUACUCCAUAUCACUUGUAUCAUACUAUCUUAUUACAAGAAAAUUCUACACAUGAGAUAGUUUGGCUAAUAUCUGGAAGCGAUUAUAGAAUUCAUAUGAUAAGAGAAGAUAAACUGAGUCAUGUUUACAGUGAAUCCUCUGUUGAGAAAUAUUUUCCAGAGCUACAUGACAUUCAAGCAAUUGCAUUGUGGAUCAAUAUUUAUUAUUACGAUAAUUAUAAGCGGAGAGUCACUGCUAUUGGGUGUGAAUGCGGUUUAGUCAAAGUUGCAUUAGUAGACGUGAUGGAUCUACAAGUUUCUCGAAGUUGGCUUUUGAGAUACGAUAAGCCUGUGCCCAGUGUAAUAGUAUUCCCACAUCAAAAUAUCAUUAACAGACCAGUGUUUAUAGAUUCCAGUUCUGAAAAAUCUAUCACUCAGGAUAAAGUUCCAAAAUUAAAUGUUGUUAUUUCAAAUACAAGUAACGCUGUUGUGUUUGAAAAUAUCUUGGAACACGGGAUGAAACAGGAUGUAAUAUUAAGUGGCAGCGAAUCGUCAGAUUGUAUUCUGUGCUGUUGCAUAGCGGAUAUAAACAUGGAUGGCCAGAAUGAGAUAUUACUCGGCACUUACGGUCAAGAAGUUUUGAUCUUUGCGUUGACAAAUAACUCAUGGGAACUGGCCACUAGAAAACUGUUCGACGCUCCUGUGCAUUCUAUAAGUUACAUGGAUAUAACAAAUGAUGGAAUAAAAGAACUGAUUGUGCUCACGCAACGAGGUGUACACAUACUACAGCACAAUAUAACGGAUGUACGAACAAAAUGGAAGGAACGCUAUAAAAAAUUAUUUGACACAAUAACUCAAGAAAAAUCGUAGCAUUUGCAACAGAAGGUAAUUUUUCUUCAUAUAUUUUAUAUUUCUAUUGUAUAUACCAUACACACCAUUUGUAAUUUAUGAUAAAACAUGGCAUAAGAUAACAUAAAAAAUAUCUAUUAAAUUAUUUCAAAUUAUAAGAGACAUAAUAGAUAAGGCAUAUUUAUGUAGUAUUAGGUCUGUUUUAUUUUGUUAAAUUUUAUAUGUUUUCUGCAUUUUAUAACAGACACCAUAUUGCUGUGUUCUUUUUAAAUAUGAGAUAUAAUUAAAUGAUUAUAAUUUCAUACUAUUUUUUGCGUUUAAAGCGAUUUAAAGUAGAUUAAAUAUUUCUUGGUUUUGAAAGGAGAAAAAGAAGGUACAAAGAGAGUAGAUAUCUAAAUGCACUUUUAUAUUGAAGGUCUAUUCAAAUAGAUUAGGCCCUACGCACAAUAGAGAAAAUAUUAGGAAUAA